GCUACUAAACAGGUUCAUUGGUUUAUCUGCCACAAUCGUGGGUCGCAGCAGGCGCAGCGGCUUUCUGUCCUCUUCUUCGUCGCUCUUAAAAGCCGGGGCCAGCAGGAAUCAGAAGCAGAAUCGCACCAUGUCCAGUGGCAAGGCUUUCAAGGUCCUGGUUACCCAUCCCGAGGUUCCCCAGGAGGGCAUUGAUAUCCUGAAGGAGAACUGUGAGAUUAUCCAAGUGCAGAGCGUACCCAUCGACAGGGCUGAGCUUUUGCGUAAAAUCCAGGGAGUCGAUGGUGUUUUCUGGGGCGGUCAUGAACGCCUCAAUGCCGAGGCUUUGGAUGCUGCCGGUCCCCAGUUGAAAUCCAUCUCCACCAUGUCGGCAGGCAUUGAUUUUGUGGAUGUUCCUGAGCUGAAGAAGCGCAAGAUUCCGUUGGGACACACUCCCACUGUACUGAACACAGCGGUGGCUGAUCUAGCCGUGGGUCUCCUCAUUGCCGCCGGUCGUCGCUUCCAUGAGGGACGCAAGAAGAUCGACAAUGAUCAGUGGGAGAACUACCAUUUGAAUUGGCUUUUGGGCCAGGAUAUUCGUGACUCCACUGUGGGUUUCUAUGGCUUCGGAGGCAUUGGUCAGGCUAUUGCCAAGCGCCUGUCCGGCUUUGAUAUUGAUCGUGUCCUGUACACCACCCGCCGAAGGGUUCACAAAGAAAUCGAGGAGGAGUUCAAUGCCAAGAAGGUGGACUUUGAUACUCUGCUGGCGGAAAGUGACUUCAUUGUGAUUGCCUCUCCCCUGACCAAGGACACUCAGGGUGUGUUCAAUGCCACUGCCUUCAACAAGAAACAGACUGCUGUGCUGGUCAACAUUGGCAGGGGCAAAAUUGUCAAUCAGGAUGACCUUUAUGAGGCUCUGAAAUCAAACCGUAUCUUCUCCGCCGGCCUGGAUGUUGUGGAUCCGGAACCUUUGUCGCCCAAGGACAAGCUGCUGACACUGGACAAUGUUGUUGUCCUGCCACAUAUUGGCUCUGCCACAAAGCGAACCCGUGCCGAAAUGGCCACCAUUGCUGCCCACAAUGUGCUCCGUGGUUUGGUCGGUGAGCCCAUGUUGUCGCCCGCCUACUAAGAAAAUUUAAAUCAGACUCAAAUGGAAAUCCAGGGCCAGCCAGUGAAGUGUGAAAUGCAUUCCAAGUGGCCUUGGCAUUGUUGUAGAUGUGAAAAUAAAAAUAAUAAUUAUAAACAAACA